UGCUCUGGAUGAACGAAGACAUGAACUAAUAGUUUGUGUAAACUAGAUAUGGACCAAAUUAGAUAUAUCAGUCGUAUGAAAAUAGUUUUUGUUAAGAUAUUUAGAUAAAUCGUGAAAACCCUUUGUGAAUAAUAAUAAAUAUUUCUAAAUUUCAAAUUUUGGAAUCAGCAAAAUGUCAAAAUGUCAAGUUUCUUCUGACUUUCGAAGCUGUGAUUUCUCGAUUGCAUCUGAAAACCAUACAGGAGUUGACGGAAAAGACCAAUCAGAGUUUGAUAAUAAGCGGUCAGUGUUGGACUUUGAAGAGACAGGAGACAGUAGCCAGGACUCGAACAACGAGACUGGACGUUUUCCACCGUCCAUAUGUGAUGCUGUAAGCAGAGUGUUUCAGGGGUACCACUGGAGGCUUGUACCGACCCCUUCACGUCUCAGCAGCUCAGACAAACGAAAAUGUCACGUGAAGCGGCCCAUGAAUGCCUUCAUGGUGUGGGCUCAGGCAGCUAGACGGAAGCUGGCUGACCAGUAUCCACAUUUACAUAACGCUGAACUCAGCAAAACUCUCGGCAGACUCUGGAGGCAGCUAGGCGACGAAGAAAAGCGUCCAUUUGUUGAAGAAGCCGAGAGACUUAGAGUCAUUCAUAAGAAGAAACAUCCAGACUACAAAUAUCAACCUAGGCGACGAAAACCCAUGAAAAGUAUCAACAUCCCUUCUGUAGAACCCAUAUACACAGUUCAAGGUGCUACUGUGUUGUUCAGAUCAGUGAAGCUAGAGAAGGAAAACCCCUUAAGUGGGCGAUGCCAUGAAGCUCCUAGUCCCCAGGAAACUUUCUCUCCUUCUUCAACUGGGCCACUCACCCCACCCGCUACUCCAAAUCAAGGAGAAUCUACUGUGAGAGGAAAGGGGCGAUUCGGCAAUCUGUCUACUAAUAUCAACAUUACAAAACAAGGUCAGCAGGAAAGUCAGCCUAUUGACUUUAGCCACGUGGACGUAGGGCAACUUUCAACAGAAGCAAUCGAUAAUUUCGACGAAUCCGAACUUGACCAGUAUCUCACCGGUCAGAACUGCCCAAUAGUUUCCUCCAGGAUUAUUCAUUCUAAUCAAUCAUCUUCGUCAUCAAAGGGCGUUGGGAACACCUACAGCUCCAGUUUAGUACCCAGGUUGUUGCCAACUAUGUCAUCACUUCAUAUGAUGAAAACAGAAAACUGCAGAGUUAAGCCUUACCUCUCUCGUAAUACUUUCAAUGACCACGCAUUUAAAGGAACAUCCACUCGACGAUCCAGCACUGCAAUUAUAAAAAAUGGUGUAACUCCAGUUCCAAGCUGUAACGUUAUAAAAACUUACCCUAGCACCAGUUCAUUAAUCGGCUGCUCUUACACAAACACUGACAGUAGUUACAGUAGUGGUGCUCAAGAAGAUUCUAUAAAAUUACAAGAACUUUCACCCAUUGUAAAAACCCGUCAGCGAACCUCGAUCUCAGUCGCCGUGGAAACUGCUGCUGACCUCCAAAAUAUGAAGACACAGUGUAACUUCUCAGAGGAAGACUCUUUGAACGUGUCUCAAAACGGCUAUGACGGUCUUCCACCAUUGUCUCCUACAAACACUUCUGUGUACAGUUACAGCAAUAAUGUGCAAACAUUAAUGGGACUCAAUUAUCAACGUGCUACUUCUUCAGGUGUCAGAGCUAAAUACAGAGAAACGGAAAUCUGUGGAGAACCUUGGUCAACUUAUGCUUAAUGAAGAAACAGUGUAAACUAUUCAAAAUGUCUCGCAAAUUUCUAUAAUGUAUGAAAACUUAUUUUUUUUGGUCGUUGGAUGGUGAAAAUAUCGCGUAAAAUAUUCUAACCAUUUAUCUAAUAUUUAAGGCACGUAAUGCUUCGCUUUAUAACAACUUAUAGCUCUGAUAUGUCUACUAGAAUUUUUUAAUAUGAAUAAAUAAAUAUGUAUACUUAUGAAUUUUAAAUAUUUUUUGCUGUGGACUACGAAACAUCAAAUUUAGAUUUCAAAUGAUAAAACCAAUAAAAAUAUCAUCAUAAUUUACGUAACUGCAAAAAAAAAAAAAGGCAUAAGUUUCUUAUUUUGUUAUAGAUAAUUCAACUAUGCAUGAUUGUCACCUAACGACUUUCAGCUAUAAAAACUCGAGAGAAAAUCAUUAACAGCCCAAUAAAACUAACUGAAGAAGCAUAGAAUAUUAUGUUCCUUUUAAAGAGUUAUCUAGUUUACUAUUCGAAGUAAACUGUUCAUUGGUUUUGAAAGUUAAUAUAGUAUAUUAAUUAUAUUACUUCCCACAGCGGUCUGUUAAUAGGAAAAAUGUAAGACAUUAUGAAGAAUCCUGACUACGAAAUUUAAAGGACAUUUAUUCUUAGACGUUUCUUUAUAACGUUUCAUUUACAUUUUGAAUUAUUGUAGUAGUGUUUUGUGUAUUAGUAAUGUGUGAAGAAUUAUAAAAAGUGUAUUUUAAACCAUUCACAUAUAUUUAUUCUAAUAUUGCUUCGUCAUAAUCAAGCGUUUUAUCUUGAAACACAUUGUUUGUAUUCCUCAUUACUGUCCUGUAAUACCAAGAUUUGGAUAUAAUAUUAAUGCCUUUUCUUGUAGCAAUUCACAGGUUUAUUGCUGUUAUUCAGAUUGGAUCAUAUACCCAAGUUCCUGGUUGGUAUAAGAUCCAAAAUCUGUUUACGUGAACAUUAAAGAUUACUGUUGCUAUCCAAACUAUCAUAUAUCUAAAUUUCUGGUUGUUAUUAGAUAUAACAUAUGUUUACGUGAACAUUAAAGAAAAUUGUUACUAUCCAAACUAUCGAUAAGUGAAGCUUUAUUUUAUUUUCAUACUUCCAUUAAAUUUAAUUCAGCCUAGAUUCCUAAAAGAGAAAGAAUGUGGUUUGUAUAUUUUAUCUGAAGGUCUUGUCUAAUGGCUUGUUUGGUUUGCUUUCUUAUCUCGUACCGCAGAUGUAGAUUUAUGCUUAAAAUUUCUAACUCAUAUCAUCAUUUCACGUCGAAAUGUGUUGCUAUUUUCGUGACAGAGAAAAUUCAAGUAAACGAUUUUUUUUCCAAAAUGUUUAUCUGAAAUUAAUUCAGCUGCACUUAACUUUCUUGUUUUUAAUUCCAGCUAAGUCAUAAAUGUUUUAAACAUUCACUCCCCUGACUUUAAAUAGAUGUAUUCAAAAUAAUAUUUAUUAUUUCAUGGUUAUCUGUGGUCGAGAGUAAUGCUGACUAAUAAUAAAUGGUUAUUCUGCAAAUGCUCUUUUUUAGGGAUGUAUUUUGUUUAUCUUAUGAAUAUUUCGCAGUAAUAUCAGUUGAUAGCUCAUCAGGAAACAUGUUAUCUGCUGUUACAACUAGACGUUUAAAGAUUGAAAUAACUUUUGAAAAAUGAUAUAUAAUUCUCAAACAUUCCCUAAUUAUAUUUCAUGAGAACUAAAGACACAUUUUAUGGCUUGACCAAACAAUCUUUAUUGAUAUGAUAUUUAAUUUAAACUGCCAAUAACAAUGAUAUUUUUAAACGAAAGGCAGGUUUUACGUUAUUAGUUGAGGCCAUGGUAUCGUAUCAUUAAUAAAAUGUUUAUUAAACAAAAUUAUGAUCUACAAGAAGCCGAAGAUUUUGUGGUUGGACAUUGUAUAUUUCAAGUUACUUACAGAAAUAAUUAUACCAUAUGAUCAACAUAAUAAAACCAAGUUUUAACAAGAAUAGUUUGAAUAAUUAUUACUGAUGAGUCUAUAUAGCAGUUUAUUGCUUGCAGAGUUAAUCUUUGUAGAAAGUAAUAACAAAAUGAUUGAAAAAUAUUUUCAAGUUGUAUUGGUGCUUACCAUUCUAGCUUAUCAGUUCACACUAAUCAUGUUUGAAAGCUCAAACGAGUGUGUGUACUUUGUUUUAGUACAUAGCCACACCAUGCACUGUCUGUUUUUUUAUCGGUAGUUACACAUGAUUCCUUCAUGAUAUUUCAAACUCCUAUAGUGUCCGAGAAGAAAAAUUUCCAACAUUAAAUAUACAGAAAUCUGACAAUAUGUAUCACGAAACUAAGCCUUUUUUUUUUUAGAAAGUGAGCUGUGGUGUUUCGUAUAUAGGGGCCUGAGUAGUAAGUUAUUAGCCCUCUAUUGCACAUUGUAACGUACAGGUAACAAAUCCGUCUUUGUUGUUUAAUACACAAACAAAUGCUUCAGUUCUGUAGUUGAAUGCUCUUAUUUCCAGGUAAAUGUCUAAAUAAACCAUGAAAUUAUUUUUGU